AUUUACCGCCCCCUUUUUAUUCGCCCUUUAAUCGGCCCCCGCUCCUCCGCUGUCAGUUGCGAUCUGUCGCCGCCAUGCCCGGGCUCCUUCUCGGCGAUGUCUUUCCGGAUUUCGAGGCCGAUACGACGAUCGGCCAUAUCAAGUUCCAUGAGUUCCUGGGAGACUCAUGGGGUGUCCUUUUCUCCCACCCUAGAGACUAUACGCCGGUGUGUACCACAGAGCUGGGACGGGCCGCAAAGAUGGCGCCAGAAUUCAAAAAGCGAAACGUACGCAUGAUCGCUCUGUCCAUAGAUUCGGUGCCGGAUCAUCUCGGCUGGAGCAAGGACAUCAAUUCUUACAACUGCGAAGAGCCCAAGGAGACCCUUCCCUUCCCCAUUAUUGCAGACCCCAAAAGGGACCUCGCUGUAAUGCUGGGGAUGCUGGAUCCCGAUGAGAAGGACAAUGAGGGGAUGCCAGUGACUGCCCGAUGUGUCUUCAUCAUUGGCCCAGAUAAGAAGAUGAAGCUGUCCAUCUUGUAUCCGGCCACCACCGGUAGGAAUUUUGAUGAGAUCCUGAGGGUGGUGGACUCCCUGCAGCUGACCGCUCACCACAACGUUGCGACUCCCGUCGACUGGAAGCCCGGCGACAGAGUCAUGGUGCCUCCGAAUGUCCCCGAGGCAGAAGCCAGUAAGAUCUUCACCUGCGGCGUUUUCACCAAAGACCUACCUUCUGGGAGGAAAUACCUGAGAUAUACAGCGCAACCAAAAUAAAGGUCCCCCACCCGCUGACACAGAAGUUUCCCUGUUUCUACGGAUAUAUUCUGAUUUAUAAAUCCAGAUCUGAUGGUACGUUGUUGUAUUGCUCAUCUCUUCUGUCAGGCAGAGGUUUCCAGGCACUGAUCACCGGCUGAAUGUUUGCACUUCAGCACCCUACCACCAAAAACAUCUCUGACCAAACCCCUGAAUGUUCAGCCAUGUGCCAACGUCUUGUGCCUUCCUCACUACAAUGUCAGUCUGUAUUUCUACUAGAAAACAAACCUAUGCACUUCUAUGUCCUCAGUUUGGGGGGGGGGGCGGUCUGUGUAGAAGAUGAUGACCUUCUGGACGGCUGCA